AUGAAAGAUGUCCCUCUAGACGAGAAGAAGGGUCUCUCGCUGCACCCCUCACAAAUCACCCUCGACCACGAACAUGACGGCCUUGAGGGCGAGCAUCCCUCAGAGGAAGAGAAGAGGACGCUGAGACACAUUGGCGACCCAUUGCCCAAGGCUGCCUUCUUAGUCGCCAUUGUCGAGCUGUGCGAACGCUUCACCUACUACGGUAUCCAAGGUCUGUUCCAGAACUAUGUGCAGAGGCCGCUGGACGGGAGCUUGGGGAGGGGUGCGCUGGGAAUGGGGCAGAAAGGCGCUACUGGAUUGGGCACUUUCUUCCAGUUCUGGUGCUACGUCACUCCAAUCAUUGGAGCCAUCAUCGCCGACCAGUAUCUCGGAAAGUACAAGACCAUCCUGUACUUCUGUUUUGUCUACAUUAUCGGUCUCUUGAUCCUCACUCUCACAUCUCUUCCCAUCGCGCUCCAACAUGGCGCAGGUCUCGGCGGUUUUAUUGCAGCUAUCAUCAUCAUCGGUCUCGGCACUGGAGGAAUCAAGUCUAAUGUCGCCCCCCUCAUCGCCGACCAGUACAAACGCCGUCAAAUGGUUAUCGGGACCGACCCCAAGAACGGCGAGCGCGUCAUCAUCGACCCAGCCAUAACCAUCCAGCGCAUUUACAUGAUCUUCUAUCUGUGCAUCAACAUCGGCUCGCUCUCCCUGCUCGGAACGCCCUACAUGGAGCGCAACAUCGGCUUCUGGAGUGCCUACCUCCUCGGUCUGUGCAUGUUCGUGUUGGGCACCGUCAUCCUCAUUCUAGGAAAGAAAGUAUAUAUUGUGCGACCGCCGCAGGGCUCCGUCGUCACAGACGCUUUCAAGUGCAUCUGGAUAAUGAUCAAGGCGCGGGACAUGAAUGCGCCGAAGCCAACGUACCAGGCCGCCAUUGGUGGACGCGCGAAGACGCACUGGGACGACACUUUCGUUGAAGAGGUGAAGCGCGCGCUGUUGGCUUGCAAGGUCUUCGCCUUCUACCCCAUCUACUGGGUUGUGUACGGACAGUUCUCGAACAACUUCGUUACUCAAGCCGGUGAAAUGCGCGGCCACGGCAUCCCCAACGAUCUCAUGCCCAACUUCGACCCCAUCUCCAUCGUCGUCUUCGUCCCGAUCCUCGACAUGUUCGUGUACCCCGCGAUGCGAAAGGCCAAGAUCCCUUUCCCGCCCAUCAACCGCAUCACCCUGGGAUUCUGGAUCGGCUCGCUCGCCAUGGCAUACGCGGCCGUCAUCCAGCAUUACAUCUACAUCCGAGGCCCCUGCUUUGAGCACCCGCUCUGCGACGCCAGUGUCGUAGACGGCGUUGCGCAAGGAAAUAACAUCCACAUCGCCGCGCAAACCGGCGCCUACAUGCUCAUCGGCAUCUCCGAGAUCUUCGCCUCGGUGACUGGCCUCGAGUACGCCUACACCAAAGCCCCGCCCAGCAUGAAGUCCUUCGUGCAGUCAAUGUACCUGUUCACCAACGCGUUCGGAUCCGCGAUCUCGGAGGCGCUGAACCCGGUGCUCUACGAUCCCGCCAUUUUGUGGAUGUUUGUGGGGCUGGCGAUUAGCAGUUUCAUUACGGGUUGCAUUAUCUGGACGCUGUUCCAUCACUACAACAAGAUUGAGGAUAAUAUGAACUUCGAUAAGGAUCUCGAUGAGGAUCCGGCGUUGGUGAAGGACCAUGAGAAGUUGGCGGAGUAG